GGCCGCCGCGCGCUGCCCGGACGCCCGGGGCCCCCGUGGGGAUCCCAGCGGCCGAGCCAAGGCGAGUGGCUGAGCAGGACCGGACGGCCUCUGGGGACGUCUGGCAGGAAUGCCAACAUGAUGUUUCGCACAGGUCGAAUGUGGAGCUGCCAUUGGAAGUGGAAGUGGGGUGCCUUUCUGUCCCUAAUUGCUGUGUGCAUCAUUUGUAUUCCUCACGCAGCAUGGGGAUGCGCCAACUGCAGGGUUCUCCUGUCCAGUCCUUCUGGGACCUUCACUUCUCCAUGUUACCCUAACGACUACCCUAAUAGCCAAGCUUGCUUGUGGACCCUCCGAGCCCCCACUGGCUACAUUAUUCAGAUAACCUUUAAUGACUUUGACAUCGAAGAAGCUCCCAAUUGCAUUUACGACUCAUUAUCUCUUGAUAAUGGAGAGAGCCAGACUAAAUUUUGUGGAGCAACUGCCAAAGGCCUAUCAUUUAACUCAAGUGCGAAUGAGAUGCGUGUGUCCUUUUCAAGUGACUUUAGCAUCCAGAAGAAAGGUUUCAAUGCCAGCUACAUCCGAGUUGCUGUGUCCUUAAGGAAUCAGAAGGUGAUUUUACCCCAGACACUGGAUGCCUACCAGGCAUCUGUUGCGAAAAGUAUCUCCAUUCCGGAGCUCAGUGCCUUCACACUCUGCUUUGAAGCAACCAAAGCUGGAAAUGAAGACAGUGACUGGGCAGCUUUCUCCUACUCAGAUGCUUCCUUUGCUCAAUUACUCAGUUUUGAAAAGGCCAAGAGUGACUACUUUCUAACUGUUUCUGGCUCCAAAUGCUUACUGAACAGUGCACUGCAUGUUAAAGAGAAAGAAGAUAUUUUCACAGAAAGCUUUGAGCAGCUUUGCAUCAUUUGGAAUAAUUCACUGGGCUCCGUUGGUGUAAAUUUCAAAAGAAACUAUGACACAGUUCCCUGUGAUUCUACCAUUAGUAAAGUUAUUCCUGGAAAUGGGAAGUUGUUACUGGGUUCCAAUAGAAAUGAAAUUGCCUCCCUGAAAGGGGACAUUUAUAACUUUCGACUUUGGAAUUUCAGUAUGAAUUCCAGAAUCCUCUCCAACCUCAGCUGUACUAUGAAAGGAAAUGUGGUUGACUGGCAAAAUGACUUUUGGAAUAUCCCAACCAUGGCUCUGAAAGCUGAAAGUAACCUAAGUUGUGGUUCCUACUUGGUGCCACUCCCAGCAGCAGAACUUGCCACCUGUGCAGACCUGGGGACUCUCUGUCAAGCAGCUACUGUAAAUUCUCCUAGUACUACAUCACCCACUGCCACCACUAACAUGACUGUUACUAAUAGAAUUGAUAGACCAAAGAAUGAUGGAAUAAUGUAUAGAAUAUCUGUAGUGAUUCAAAACAGCCUUCAUCACCCCGAGGUCAAAGUACAGAACAAGGUGGCAGAAUGGCUCAAUUCAACUUUCCAGAAUUGGAACUACACUGUGUAUGUAGUUAAUAUCAGUUUUCACCAGAAUGUGGGCGAAGACAAGAUUAAAGUGAAGAGAAGCAGUGUGAAUGAUGAAAGGAUGGUGAUUUGGGCCCUUCUAGUUUACAAUGCUACCAACAAUGCCAAUUUAGAAGGAAAAACCAUUGAGCAGAAGCUCUUAAAAAAUAAUGAAUCCCUGGAUGAGGGCUUGAAGCUAUAUACAGUAAAUGUGAGGCAACUGGGUGUGUGUGGCGCCCUGGAGGAGCCUGAAGGCUUCCACUGGCCAUCCAUUUCACCAUCUGAAUACAGCCUUGCCUGUCCAGACAAGCCUGGCUUUUUUGUUUCACGGAUGUGCUAUCCCAACUCUUCCAACACAUCUCUGGCUUACUGGGGGCCUCUUGAUAUCUCCAAUUGUUCAAGGGAAGCAAAUGAAGUUGCCAGUGAAAUUUUAAAUUUAACUGCUGAUGGGCAGAACUUAACCUCAGCCAAUAUCACUAGUAUUGUGGAACAGGUCAAAAGAAUUGUGAACAAAGAAGAAAACAUUGAUAUAACACUUGGCUCAACUUUAAUGAAUAUAUUUUCUAAUAUCUUAAGCAGUUCAGACAGCGACUUGCUUGAAUCCUCCUCUGAAGCUUUAAAAACAAUUGAUGAGUUGGCCUUCAAGAUAGAACUAAAUAGCACACCACAUGUGAACAUCAUGACUCGGAAUCUGGCUCUUGGAGUAUCAUCUCUCUCUCCGGGGGCAAAUGGAAUUUCAAAUUUUAGCAUUGGACUUCCAAGCAAUAAUGAAUCCUAUUUCCAGAUGGAUUUUGAGAGUGGACAAGUGGAUCCAUUGGCUUCUGUCAUUUUGCCUCCAAACUUACUUGACAAUUUGAGUCAAGAAGAUUCUGUAUUAGUUAGAAGAGCACAGUUUACUUUCUUCAACAAAACUGGACUUUUCCAGGAUGUAGGACCUCAAAGAAAAAUUUUAGUGAGUUAUGUGAUGGCAUGCAGUAUUGGAAACAUCACUAUAAAGGAUUUGAAAGAUCCUGUGCGAAUUAAGAUCAAACAUACAAGAACUCAGGAAGUGCAUCAUCCCAUCUGUGCCUUUUGGGAUCUGAACAAAAACAAAAGCUUUGGAGGCUGGAACACAUCUGGAUGUACGGCAUAUAGAGAUGCAGAUGCAAGUGAGACAGUCUGUCUGUGUAACCACUUCACCCACUUUGGAGUUCUCAUGGAUCUUCCAAGAAGUGCCUCACAAAUAGAUGCAAGAAACACUAAAGUCCUCACUUUCAUCACCUAUAUUGGAUGUGGAAUAUCUGCUAUUUUCUCAGCAGCAACUCUCUUGACAUAUGUUGCUUUUGAGAAAUUACGAAGGGAUUAUCCCUCAAAAAUCUUGAUGAACCUGAGUACAGCUCUGCUCUUCCUCAAUCUCAUCUUCCUCCUGGAUGGCUGGAUCACUUCCUUUGAUGUGGAUGGGCUUUGCGUUGCUGUGGCCGCCCUAUUACAUUUCUUCCUUCUGGCGACAUUUACCUGGAUGGGACUCGAAGCCAUUCACAUGUACAUUGCACUAGUGAAAGUGUUUAACACUUACAUUCGCCGCUAUAUUUUAAAAUUCUGCAUCAUCGGCUGGGGUUUACCUGCCUUAGUGGUGUCAGUUGUUCUAGUGAGCAGAAACCAAAAUGAAGUCUAUGGAAAAGAAAGUUAUGGAAAAGAUCAAGGUGAUGAAUUCUGUUGGAUUCAGGAUCCAGUCAUAUUUUAUGUGACCUGCACUGGGUACUUUGGAGUCAUGUUUUUUCUGAACGUUGCCAUGUUUAUUGUGGUCAUGGUGCAAAUCUGUGGGAGGAACGGCAAGAGGAGCAGCCGGACCCUGAGAGAAGAGGUUUUAAGAAACCUGCGCAGUGUGGUUAGCCUGACGUUCCUGCUGGGCAUGACGUGGGGUUUUGCUUUCUUUGCCUGGGGACCUUUAAAUAUCGCUUUCAUGUACCUCUUCUCCAUCUUCAAUUCGUUACAAGGUUUAUUUAUAUUUAUCUUCCACUGUGCAAUGAAGGAAAAUGUUCAGAAGCAGUGGAGGAGACAUCUGUGCUGUGGUAGAUUUCGAUUGGCAGAUAACUCAGACUGGAGUAAAACAGCUACCAAUAUCAUCAAGAAAAGUUCUGAUAAUCUAGGGAAGUCUUUGUCUUCAAGCUCCAUUGGUUCAAACUCAACCUAUCUUACAUCCAAAUCUAAAUCCAGCUCUACUACCUAUUUCAAAAGGAACAGUCACUCUGAUAAUGCCUCGAGAGACAAGUCUUUGUCAAAACUGACCCAUGCUGAUGCAGAACCAUCAUCAAUCAUCCCUGUCCAUCAGGUCAUUGAUAAGGUCAAGGGUUAUUGCAAUGUUCAUUCAGAUAAUUUCUAUAAAAACAUUAUCAUGUCAGACUCCUUCAGCCACAGCACCAAGUUUUAAUGCGUUUUCACAGGAAGGAAAGGAUUCAGUGUGCAGAAACCUGAACAUCUGCAAGCAAUGAGAACUACAAGUACUAGAUGUAACUGUGCUAUCACCUAGGUAACUGAAUAUGUAUGAGAAAUGCAUUUUGUUCAGAAAACUUUCAUGACAUUCAGAAUAUUUUUGGUGUAUUUCUUCCAUGGAGGCACUUCUUUCAUUACUAUAAAUAACUUUAAUUCUGCAAGCAGUAUGAUUUCCUUGUCACACACGAUAAAAUGUUUCAAAGAAAGAAUUGUAUCAGACAAAUCGUAAUUUAAAGACACUGAAAUUGAAGGAGAAAAGAAAGGCAGA